AUGAAUUCCCACGAACAUCGUGAAGCAUUGGAGACAUUUUAUAAAAAACAAUCAUGGAUAUUUCGCCUGUUCGCCCAAUUGAAAUUAUCGGAUUCGGCUUCGGAACGUUUUCGCUUAUUACAUCGUAUCUAUUUCUAUUACAUUCUAAUCUGUUGGGUACUCUCGUUCGAUCUUAGCUGUUUGAUACAAUUUAUUUCGAACAUUACCGAUUUGAAUGAAGUGAUUAAAGUGUUCUAUAUUUUUGCCACCGCUAUGGGAGUAUUUGCCAAAUUCAUGACAAUUAAAUUGAAAAAUAAUCUGUAUGCGGAAUUAAUUGAAAUUAUGCAUGAUCCGAAGUAUCGACCUGUUAACACCAGGGAGGUUCUGCUAUUUCGCCAAUCUCAAAGUUUAGCACGUACUGUGCGUAAUUUUUAUACAACCAUAUCGUUGUGUGCCCUGAAUGCUUUGCUAUUUACCCAAUAUAUUAUUGAUACCUCCCAGCUACCGAUGUCGAUAUAUAAUCCAUUUAAUACGGACACAAAGCUACGUUAUGUCCUGGUGUAUAUUUACCAGUAUUGUGCCGUAUCGGUUUGUUGUUAUACAAAUAUUGCAUUUGACUCGAUAUCGGCAUCGUUUAUGAUUCAUGCCAAGGGUCAGUUGGAUAUCCUGUGUGAUCGUUUGGAACAUUUGGGCACCGAUUAUGAGAGUAGUGAUGCGAAUAUUGCGGUACAGUUGAAGAAUUGUGUUAAAUACUAUAGCGAUAUUAUACGAAUUGUUAAAAUUGCUGAGGAGUUAAUAAGUUUGCCCAUAUCGGUACAAAUUGCAUGUUCCGUCUUGGUAUUGGUGGCUAAUUUUUAUGCUAUGUCUUUUCUUUCAGAUUUUGCCAAUUUUAUCAAGUUCCUCAUCUAUCAACUGUGUAUGCUAUCGCAAAUCUACAUUCUUCUUUAUUUUCCCAGUGAAGUUACGGCGAAAAGUGAAGAAGUUCCCUAUUAUUUGUAUUGCUCGAAGUGGGCCAACUGGAAUCCAUCAAAUCGUAAAUUGACGCUAUUGAUGAUGACACGAUUCGAUAUACCCAUACGUGUCAAAUCUAUUAAUCCUACCUACACUUUUAAUUUGGCGGCAUUCACUUCGAUUGUAAACUGUUCCUAUAGUUAUUAUGCCCUGCUAAAGAGAAUCAACAAUUAA